AUGAAGGCCGACCAGGGCCACCAAGAAUGUCGGCCAGGGCCACCAAGAAUGUCGGCCAGGGCCACCAAGAGGGUCGGCCAGGACCACCAAGAGGGCCGGCCAGGACCACCAAGAAUGUCGACCAGGGCCACCAAGAGGGCCGGCCAGGGCCACAAAGAGGGCCGGCCAGGGCCACCAAGAAUGUCGACCGGAGCCACCAAGAAGGCCGACCAGGGCCACCAAGAGGGCCGACAAGGGCCACCAAGAAUGUCGACCAGGGCCACCAAGAGGGCCGACCAGGGCCACCAAGAGGGCCGACCAGGGCCACCAAGAGGGCCGACCAGGGCCACCAAGAGGGCCGACCAGGGCCACCAAGAGGGCCGACCAGAGCCACCAAGAGGGCCGCCCAGGGGCCACCAAGAGGGCCGCCCAGGGGCCACCAAUAGGGCCGCCCAGGGGCCACCAAAAGGGCCGACCAGGGCCAACAAGAGGGUCGACCAGGGCCACCAAGAGGGCCGACCAGGGGCCACAACCUUCCCGCCAACUCAUUACACUCCGCCACGAUAUUAA